GAUCAGAGUCAAUGUUACGAUGUUGAAAGCCAAUGGAGAAUUUCACAAAGGACAGGUGCUUUUUAAUAUCACCUAUGUUAAUGGACAGGUAUAUCUAAAUGAUUUUCCUAUGAAAAGCGGGGUUGCGCACAUAACCUGUCAAACAGUAAUAUUGGAAAUAGGAAACUCGGGCAGUUCACCAGAUCAGCAGCGCCUGGCAACCGUCAGUGUCCGCAUCAUGGUUCACGAGUGGCCUUUGGCAUCCAGUUCUGAUUUGCAGCUGAUUGUCAUUCAGGAAGAAGUGACAGACAUUGAUGGAAAACAGGUAGAAAAAAAAUCCCAACAUUCUGCUUUGACAGAAAUAGAUAUUUUAGUGAAGGACCUGAGAGUACUUAGGCAUUCAAACUACAGUGUCCCUUUGAAAGAGAGCAUGCUGUACUCUAUCCCAAGGGACAACGAUGUGUUAUUUACACUUCCCAACCUCUCAGGAAAAGAUAUUCAAGAUCCACUGCAGACUACCAGUCAGUACCUCAUCCGGCAAGUAGAAACGACAGUAGAUGAAGAGACAUUACCUGGCAAGUUACCAGAGACCCCUCUUAGGAUAGAGCCUCCAUCCUCUUACAAGGUGAUGUGCCAGUGGGUGGAAGACUUGAGAAAAGGGUUGUGCAGAUUCUGGUUUCAGUCUUUACCUAUCUUCUUUAGUUUGAUGCAAGUCAUUGUACUUGGAGUUGUUGGAGCAGCUUUUAUUCUCAAAGUCUUAAAGUUUAUAUUCCCUUCCUGUGAAAACAAAGGCAUCCUGCUCCUGGAUCAAGUCAGCUUUGUACCUGUGAUUACCAUCAGCUUGCCUUCAGACCUUCCAGACAGGAAAAAUAUUUUAGAUGAGAAAGUGUGUACUUAGUACUUUGUUUGCUUUGGAGUUACUGUUUUUUAAAAACAAAUUUUUAGUUGACCUGAAAUUUGGCACUUGAUCUUAAUACCUUGUUUGUUCCUAAGAAAACUAAGUCAGUUGAUUAAUUG